AUGCUACCCAAAUCUAACAGUAAGUUCAUCUCGAGGCGGGGGAUGCGGAUGCUCCUGGUCACAGGCGUGCUCCUCGUCCUUACGUACUUUAUUAUCCAGAAUGGUACGACCAGCGACCAGUUCGUCACGCCGAUAGCGCCGCGGCCAGUGCCUAACGCGCCCAGCGUGCAGGACACCGUGGAGGCCGAGGAGCCAAGCGUGCAGCUCCUGUCCAAGGGCGCGGAGGGCGCCGUGGCCGCAAGCAAAGAAGACGUCGAUGUUGCGCGUGCGCAGCAGCAGUCAAAGGUGCUGUUCGAUGCGGCCAAGACGUACAACGAGAUCCUCUCGUUGUCCUCGAUGGUGGUCUUUUCCAAGAGUACCUGUCCGUUGAGCUCGGGCUUGAAACAGCUUUUGAACAACAACUACGAGUUCCUGCCCGACUAUCAAGUGGUCGAGCUCGAUAAGCACGCCAACGGCGCCGAGCUCCAGAAAUACGUCACGAAGACUACCGCGCGCAGCACCGUGCCGAACCUCGUUAUCAACGGGGUCUCGCGCGGCGGCCACGAUAGCAUUAUGGAGCUCCACAAAACGGGCGAGCUUCUGGAGAGCCUCCGUAAGUGGGCUAAUGGCAAAAUCACCGUAACGCAAAAACAGCGCCCGUCGAACUCCUAG